UUCCCAGACCAGUUAUGAGGACAACAACAACAACGACGACGACAACGGCUGCUCCAAGAAUCGAGUGUACAACUAACGAAUUCGCAUGUUUGAAUGCAAGUCGUGGCAAUAAAUGCAUACCAUUCGAAUCAAUUUGUGAUCGUAUUUUGGACUGUCCAGAUAGUUCAGACGAACUACAUUGUCGUUGCGCUGAUUAUCUGCUUCGUGAUGAAACACACCGACAUAAACUUUGUGAUGGUGUUAUCGAUUGUGCUGAUCUCAGUGACGAAACUAUUAAUUGUGGUCCUCGCUGUCGAGAGGGAAUGUUCGUCUGUCAUGGAUUAUCAAAUCAAUGUAUUGAACGAUACCAAGUUUGUGAUGGUAACAAUGAUUGUCUUAAUGGUGAUGAUGAACAGAAUUGUAUCGCAUUAGUCGACGACCAAGAACAAACAAAAGAUAUGAUUUCACAUUCAUUUAUGGAGAAUCAUAAUCCAAAAGGUGUUCUUCAUAUUCAACAUCAAGGUGUAUGGGCACCUUUAUGUUUUGAUUCAUAUGAUUUAGAUACCGAUAACUGGAUUGAUCAUCAUUAUGAUAAUGAAAGCAUCGAAGCGAAUGCCACAUCGAUAUCGAUCUCAUCGAUGAUUCAAAUUGAUGAUAUGGGCCAAGCUGUAUGCAAAGCUAAUUACUAUGUUCAACUUGAAAAAAUUGAUAUCUUGACCAUACAAAGAAACAGUUCUUUCAACAAUCUAACACAAUUCUUUGCUAUCAAUUCUCGAUUACCCAGUACAUCUAAACCAACUUUAUCGAUUUGGAGCAGUCUGUUUGAAAAGGUUUCAUGUCCAGGACGCAAAGUAGCUCGAAUCGAAUGUUCAACCAUAGAAUGUGGUGUACGGCCAAUGAGUUCUAAACUUCAAAGACGAAUUAUCGGCGGUAAAUCAUCAUCGUUUGGAUCGUGGCCUUGGCAAGUGGCAUUGUAUCGUGAAGGAGAAUUUCAAUGUGGAGCCGUUGUCAUUGAUUCUCAAUGGCUGCUAACUGCUGCUCAUUGUUUUUACUCAACACCGGGUGCAUUUUGGACUGCCCGAAGUGGUGUCCUUCGUCGAGGAAGCCUACAGAGAACAUUGUACGAAGAAAUUCGUCGCAUCGAUCGUGUGAUUAUUCAUCCAGAUUAUGUGGAUAGAGGAUUUCUUAACGACAUUGCUCUACUUCAUCUGGACAAACCAUUACAAUACAGUAAGUACAUCCGACCAAUAUGUUUGCCCGACGAAGAAGAUAGUCACAUUGAUCGUUGGAACAAUCAACUAUGCACAACAGUUGGCUGGGGUAAAUUGUAUGAACAUGGGCGUAUAUUCCCUGAUACUUUACAAGAAGUAACACUGCCUAUUAUAUCAACUGAAGAAUGUAGGAAGCGGACGUUAUUCUUGCCUUUGUACAGGAUUACUGAUAAUAUGUUCUGUGCUGGUUUUGAACAUGGAGGUCGAGAUGCUUGUCUGGGCGAUAGUGGAGGACCUAUUAUGUGUCAAAAGGCAAAUGGAAAAUGGAUCCUGUUGGGUAUAACCAGCAAUGGUGAUGGUUGUGGUCGUGCUGGUCGUCCAGGAGUUUAUACAAAAGUUUACAAUUAUUUAACCUGGAUACAUUCUAUUAUGGCAAAAGACUAUCGUAUAAAUCAUGAAUUCGAAUCUAAUCCGAAGAUGGCCAUGUUGGUGACGGGCAAACAAGUAGACGAACCACAUAGGCCAUUUAACAAUAUGGUCGUGCAUGAUAAAGCAUGUGAAAGUGGUCAUCGAUGUCCAUUGGGCAAAUGUUUAAAACGACAUCAGAUAUGUGAUCAUAUCAUCGAUUGCCUCGAAGAUUCAUCCGACGAACGAUAUUGUACUCAUAACUGAAUUCUUUCAUUUUAUUCAUACAAAUUCUUAGUUCCUAUUUAUUGGUGUAAGGUCACACUUAUUUUAUCCUCUUUUUUACCUAAUUAACAAAUGUACAUAGACA